UCACAAUGUGGGGUUCUCCGGACUUCAAUCAUAACCUUUUGAGGUGUGUAAGUAUUAGACCCUCUCCCUCUAGACUCGGUCCAUCGCCGACAUGGAUCGUGGUCAUGGCAUAUGCUACUCUACUCUACUCUUUCAAUUCUCUUUAAAUUGUUUCCCUCCUCCGAUUUCCGCUCUUGUUUCUCUUCUCUCCUCUUAGCCCUCUUUUUCACUUUUUCGUCCCUUUCUCUCUGUCUCUCUUGUGUCUGUUCCUCGAAGCUACCCUUAGACUAAAAGUAAAUAAAACCAUCCACCGAUCCGAACCUCGGCUCUACGAACUCGGCGCAAACUCUCGGAUUUUGAAAUAGUUGUUUGACUCGGCGCAAGAUUGACCGAGAGAUCAGUUCUGUCGCAAUGGCUUCAAAGAAUGGAAAUGGAAAGAAACAGCCGCCCUCAGCGGCUGUUAACCUCAUUGCUGGUGGUGGUGCUGGUAUGAUGGAAGCUCUCGCAUGUCAUCCCCUCGACACAAUCAAAGUCCGCAUGCAGCUCUCAAGGCGCGCGCGCCAACCAGGUGCCCCCAAGCGCGGCUUCAUCAAGACCGGCGCCGCCAUCAUCGCAAAGGAGACACCCCUCGGUCUCUACAAGGGUCUCGGCGCCGUCCUCACAGGCAUCGUGCCAAAGAUGGCCAUCCGCUUCACGUCCUUUGAGUGGUACAAGCAAAUCCUCGCUGAUCCAACAACCGGCACUGUCUCUGGAAAGGCUACCUUCAUCGCCGGUCUAUCAGCCGGUGUCACAGAAGCCGUCGCCGUCGUCACGCCCAUGGAGGUCAUCAAGAUUCGCCUGCAGGCGCAACACCACUCCAUGGCAGAUCCUCUCGACGUCCCCAAGUAUCGCAAUGCUGCGCAUGCGCUGUACACUGUUGUUAAGGAGGAGGGUUUCGGUGCGCUGUACCGCGGUGUGAGCUUGACAGCGUUGAGGCAGGGUUCUAACCAGGCUGUCAACUUUACUGCGUACAGCUACUUUAAGGACUGGUUGAAGAAGUGGCAGCCUCAGUAUGAGAACACAAACCUGCCCAACUGGCAGACUACUCUUAUCGGUCUUGUUUCUGGUGCUAUGGGUCCUAUGAGCAACGCUCCUAUUGAUACUAUCAAGACUCGCCUGCAAAAGGCUACUGCUGAGCCUGGAGUCAGCGCCUGGACACGCAUUACUCGAAUUGCGGGAGACAUGUUCAAGCAAGAAGGAGUUCACGCUUUCUACAAGGGUAUCACCCCUCGAAUCAUGCGUGUCGCCCCCGGCCAGGCCGUUACCUUCACCGUCUACGAGUUCCUCAAGGAUAAGCUAGAAAAGAGCAACAUUUCCUUAGUUGGAGGCAAGUACGAGGAAUAAAGCAGUGGCAACAAACCACGAAAUCACCAUCACCAACUGAAGAUCUUUGUCGGAGAAACCUUUUACCCAGAAGGACGAACCACGAGAACGCCAGUUAUACACAUAUCUUGGAAGCCGCUUGUAUCGUCUCAGUUUCUAAUCUGUUCACAGUGCAAGUUGCUGUGAAGGAAGCUGAAGAGUCGAUCUAAGCAGAGGAGAGAAGGACAAAAGAAAAAGAAGGAUGAAGAGUAUAGAGAGCGGACAAGUAUACCAUGCAUUGGAGUGAAGGGCGGCUUGGGUUCUUAUUGCGUGCAUGCAUCUUGGAUAAAUACCAGCAUUUGUAGCUUGGGCAAUUGACUUUUUUUGUG